AUGUCCUCGCAGCCAGCCCUGCCGGGGCCACCACCGCAGCCUCACUUCACAGCCGUGCCGCUGCCCGCGAACUUCGCCACCCUCGUCCCUGAAGCGGCCGUAUUCGACUACAAGGACGACGGCGACGGCGACGGCUACGACGACGACGAGCGCCUCGUCACCGCCAGCGUCAACCACUUCAUCACCCUCUCCACCAUAUUCAGCCACCAGAUGUUGUUCCAGCGACGGCAUCCCGACUUCCCGCCGUCGUGGCGCUACGGCCAGCCGCACAUCAACCCCAGCAGCGAGAGCGCGCGCACCGGCGGUUCGAGCAUGCGGCCCGUGGUGCUGGUGUGCUCGUCGGGGCCCGAGCAGGGCAAGCUGCAAAAGUGGGAGGUCGAGAAGCUCAAGCGCGAGAUGAAGACCGAGAGCAAGCGGCAGAUGCGCCUCGAGCGGAAGCUGCAGCAGUGUCGCGCGAUGGAAGAGAGGAUUCGAGCGAGAAUGUCUUGA